AACAAUGACUUUGAUUUUACUUUAAACAAUGAUCACAUAUUUUAUAUUAUAACAUUAAUAGUUUGUGCGAAGGGAAAGUCAUAUUUGAUGUGCACAGAACGCGUACUUUUUCAGUAUUCGCAUGCAUUUAAAAGGAAAACAGACAAAAUGCAAUAAUAACUGUUGGAAUAUGCAGAAAACAGUGAUCAAAAUUAUUGAAACUAUGUGUUAAAUUUACAGUUUCAGUUAAAUUUUGUUGGAAAAGAAAUUGUUCACAAGAUAAAGGAAAUAUAUGUUUACUGGGCGGCAAAUCUGAUAAGAAAAUAAUCUGGUUAUUUGAAAUAUAAAAAAAUGUCUUAUUCAAAAAUGGAUAUGAAAACAGAUUAUGGAUAAACAGAAGGAAAUUCCAUAAAUUCUAUGCGAUGUAUUGUUUAAAACCUGCUUAAUUUAAUAACUUCAAAAAGACUAUGUUAACCAGCCGUGUAAACUUGUUCAUCAUAGUUUUCAUUAAUAUUGUGGCAUGGCUAUUUAUUUUUCCACUAGCGUCUGUGAUAGCAUAUCCGAAACCCGACAAUAACUAUUUCCCGGAGCAAAAACUGCCAAAACCUUCUCGUCUGAAGGAUGGUCAGACUAUAUGGGACAAACUGUUCAUUAUGAGGAUGCUUAAUCUAAUGGAGAGACAAGCUAUGGCAAAUGAAGGCGUUUCUUCUAGCACCCCGUGGAUAAGGGAUUAUGUGUACGAAGGAGAUAUAAUUUUACAGAGAAACCAAGCAGUGCAUAUCUUAAAUUUCAAUAAACGCCGGAAGAAGCGAAAACUUGAUGCAGAAGUGACGUCAGUGCCGUUCAUUAAAAAGUGGCCAUUACCGAUAAAUUAUAUAUUUGACGGAAAACAUUCACGUGUACAGCAAGACGAAAUUCGAAUUGGUAUCCGGCACUGGGAGGAGAAUACAUGUAUCACGUUUACAAACUUUAAAAACGGUUCUGUCAAAAGUAUUAAAUUCAUCAACGAUUCAGGAUGCUAUUCCUAUGUGGGUAAUAAACCAGGGAGCCGUGAACAAGUUAUUUCAAUUGGUAAAAACUGCACAAGCAAAGGUAUUGUAGCUCACGAAAUAGGCCAUGCUCUAGGAUUCUGGCACGAGCAUGCACGUGCCGAUCGUGACGAGUAUCUGAGUGUCAUAAAGGAAAACAUAACAGUAGGGCAGCAGCAUAACUUUGACAAAAUCUCGUGGGAAGUAAUCAACAAUCUAGCUGUACCAUACGACCUGGGUUCUGUUAUGCAUUAUAGUGGAAUGCAAUUUAGUAAGGGCGGCAAAAUCACAAUGAGAACCCACAAUCGUCUCCAGCAGAAUACAAUAGGUCAGAGAGAGGAGUUGUCUUUUUUUGACAUAAAACUGGCAAAUAAGGCAUAUUGCAACGAUAUUUGCCAAACAGACCAGUUAAACGGAAGAUGUUUGCAUGACGGGUACCAGGACCCUAAAAAUUGCAGCCGGUGCCGCUGCCCCGAUGGCCUCGAUGGAGAUUUUUGUCAAAAAGUGGCAACUUCCAACAGUAAUUGCGGAGGACAUAUCAAGUUAUCUGCAAAUUCCUUAUAUACAAUUUCCUCACCAGGAUAUCCCAGACCUUAUCAAAGCGGUUUAAAGUGCUACUGGUUUAUACAGUCACCAAACGGCACUGCGGUUAAUAUUCAGUUCAAGAAGCCUUUCAUGCAAAGCCAGUUUUGUAACAGUCGGUAUCCUUAUUUACCAUGUGAAGAUUUUGUGGAAGUAAGAUUUACAGACAGUCUUGGCAUUACUGGAGGAAGAUUUUGCUGCAAUGAUGCUAUACAAAGUGCAACACUGAGCCAGCCUAUAGUCACCCAUUCCAGCCAUGCUUUAAUACUUUUCAAAACCUACGCACCUGGGUCCGCUGGGUUCAAAGCACAUAUAUCCAUUGACAGCUGCGGCGGUUGUCAUAACAACAUAACAGACGGUCAGGUACCGUGUAAAAGAAAAGAAACCAAAGAUUGUUACCAAACCUGGUACAAGAACGUCAAAAUGAACAGUUGUACUCUUCGUUUCUGGGGAUGCUACACAAGCUAUCAACAACGAGCUUUUCGACGGAAAACGAAGUGUUAUACAGAGGAGCCGUAUUGUUGUCACGGCUAUGUUCUGUCUCAAGACAAACAGAAUUGUACUAAAGAUCCAGAAGUAGGUAUUAAAGAUGAUUCAAAUAGUGAAGUAAACAAUGAUGAAAGUGACGCUUCAAACUCCAGUAACAUCGAACAAGACCAAGGUAUUUCAAAUAUAUGGUCUGAAUGGACCGAGUGGUCUGCCUGUUCAAAAUCUUGCGGCGGGUGUGGCAUACAGACUAGGUCAAAAACGUGUAGUGAUGGCAAAAAUUGCGUUGGUAAUGGCGAAGAAAAUCGGCCGUGUGGCAACACGACAUGUGCGUAUGGCAAUGUUCAACGGCUAUGUGCAAAGACCUUCAGCAAGCCGACAAUGUGUUCUUUUCCUGGCUUCUUUUUUGGAGAAUCUACGAGAACUUGCUAUGAGAAGGUGACCAAGUAUUAUACACAGACCAUGAAGUGUUGUUGUGGUUACGAAAUUAAAAAUGACAUUUGCCAGCCUAGCGAAAGCGUAUAACAAGAUGCAAAGAUGCCAAUGUGACAUAGCUGAAAUUCGUAAAGUUUAUGUUAAAGUGUGCUUUAUUUGCCCAAAGUACUUUGAUAAUUUAUAUAACAUUAUAUCGAUAGUUAUAUCGAUAGUUUAAAAAUGCAGUUUAAUUGCGUUUUGUUUGUAGAAACAUUUGUGUCCGUGACAGAAAAUUUAAGUUCAAUCCCUAUGGACAUUUUGCUUAUCCAUGCAGAGAGAUAUCGACGGUCUACAUAUACAAAAUAGGUGUUUACCAAUACAUUAUUCUGUACAGUGAUACACAAAAGUGACUUCUCCAAACUUUUAUUGUGUGUUUUAUGUAAAUGUAAGAAGUCAGUUGUGUUAAUUUAGAUAUGGCUUCAAAGGCAGGCGAUGCUCCAUUAUAGGAUAGGAGAUACGAAAUAAAAUCUUCAGAAUUAAGAAACCGGAGGAGCAUAGCAAUCGGUUGCACUUUCUCAAUGCUGAAGAUUUCACUUUAUGGUCUCUGUCUCAUAUAGUGUUUUACUACUUCGUCAAUGCAAAUAAAAAUAGAUCAUCCUCUCAACAAUACCAUAGCUGGUGAAUAGGCUAACAUGAAUAAAUACGGAAACUGUGUAAUGUUGCAAUACGUUUCUAACAUUUUCCGUGAUUAAUAAAACUUGUUAAUCCGUUUGGAUAGAGGUGGUAGACAAAAAUAUAAAACUGUCUUUUUCAUGCUAUUUCUAAAUUUUGAAGCACUGUCGCCGUGGUGGCAAAUACUUUUUCAACAACUGCAUUGUAGUGAAGUCAGCCAAUGAUUCAAGUGAUAUAGAUUUGUACUGUUCUUUGUAAAUGUUAGUCAUUUAACUUUUUACUUUUUUGCCCCGUCCCACUUUUUUGGAGGGGGCGGGGCGGGGUCAUUUGAAGUAGCCCUUGUCCGUCCGUCUGCCCGUCCGUUUGAAUUUGUGUAGUCAUAUCUCAAAAGAAUUCAACACAGAGUCAUUAAAUCUCACACGAUUGUCAUUCAGCAUAUAAAGUUGUGCACCUGGUGUUUUAACUGGGAUUUUACACAGCUAGACCCUAGUUAAUGUCCCUGACAUAGUAAAAAAUAUGCAUAAAAGGGCCUAAAAAUCCAGUCACGUUUUAAAUAAAGUUCCGCAUUAGUCUUGUUGAUCAAUAGAGAGCGUGACGAGCUUCUGCGUUUAAUGGGAAGACUAAGACAAUGCGAGUUUGCUAUUGUUUUGCUUGGCUGCUUGUUAUUCUUUGAAAGGAUCUUACUAUAAAAUGUGAUUUUGCUGUAACCAUUUUUCAUUAAGUCAAACAAUAUUUGUAAUGCUUGACAAUGCUUUUUUAA